AUGAAACGCUUUUCUCAAUUGUGGAUGCGCCCUACGGCAGAAACCACUCGUCAGCUUCCCGAACGACAGAAGGAGACAGACUCACAGCGAAAUCGAGAGUCCCAGCAUCUGGUCGACAAGGUCUUUGAGCAUACGGUGGUUCUCAUUACUGGAGCCGGCUCAGAGAGGUUGACGACCGACUCCGGGUUAGGAAUUGGACAGGAGUGCGCUCGACAGUUCGCGUUGCAUGGAUGUCGAAAGCUGUUUCUCGUUGAUAUCUCCCUCCCUGGCCUACAACAGACGAAGGGGAUGCUCGAAAAGAACCAGGCACACGCCCAAGUUGAGUUAUACCAAGGCAAUGUUGCUGAGGAAAACUCUGUGAAGCGAAUGGUUGCACAAUGUGUCGAAGUUUACAGCCGGCUCGACAUUGCGUGCAACAACGCCGGCAUCAGUGGUGGGAGCGCAAGGACGAGCGAUUUGGCCGUGGAGGACUUUGACCGGCUUUGCUCCGUCAACCAGCUUGGAGUGUUUCUGUGCGAAAAGUACGAGCUCCGUCAAAUGCUGCAGCAAGAUCGAUCCGUUGGCGAUCAGCGGGGAGCAAUCGUCAACGUCUCCUCCAUCGCUGGGAACUGUAUCAUACCUACCACGCCCGCAUAUGCCGCGUCGAAGCACGCUGUGGUGGCUCUCAGUCGCUGUGACGCUCUCAAGUAUGCCCAGGACGGGAUCAGGGUCAACUGCGUGUCCCCGAGUGCGGUGUGGACGCCGAUGGUCUCGGAAGCCGGGCUCCCGCAGGAGUUCCUUGACAUGGGCGCCGCACAGUCGCCUGUGAAACGCUAUUUGCAACCUCGUGAAGUGGCAGAUGCAAUCCUCUUCAUGGCAAGUCCCAGGGCUACGGCGAUUUUGGGUGCCAAUCUGCCAGUCGACUGUGGCACGCAGCUUCUACGAAGCUUCUAG